CCUCUACACUCCUUCAUAGAUGCUGCCAGUCACUUCCAUCGCUGUGCUUGAUGCAUAUUUACAGCACAGUGGACUACUGGAUGCUGAGAGAAAAAAAAUAAAAAGGACAGAGGAACUUUCUUUUUAGGAAAUACAGGUGAGAGCAGGUUUUCUCUUUUUGCUAACACUUGGUUUUUGAAAAUGGGCUGCUCUCCUUCAAAAGGAAAGUUUCUUUUAAAACCAAAUUCUUUUGGAAAGCAGGAGGCUCUGGUAGAUGAAUCCUCACAGGACAGUGUGGACUCUGGUCCUGCAAUGGUGGAGGAUACCUGUUUAAAUUUUCAAAAAAAGGAAAAGGAAACGCCACGAUACUCUGACAAGAACUGUUCACAAGAAACUCUCAUGGCUCGGCAAGACUCCCGCCCAAUGUUUCCUCAGAAUACAAUUAAUAAUCAGGAAGUCAGGGUAAAUGAAAUGCCCCAGGAAAUAAUUGCAGAUGCUCUACAAGAACAUAUGAUUCAGAGAGUGGAGAUCCAAAAGAAGAACAUGAGGAGAAGAUCUACAGAUAGGCACAGAAAGUCUUCUUCUAUCCAAACAAAAGCGGACUUUCUACCACAUAUGGUGAGGGCUCACCAGGCAGCUUAUGGUUUCCUGAACCCAAACAUCACCAAAUAUGAAACGCUCCUGGGGCUGCUAGACCAGGCGACUCAGACUAAACUGUCCAUCCAGCCCAUAAUGGCUGCUUUGGUUUUGUACUUUGAGGAAAUCAACCAGGCACUGGAGGAGAUGGCUGAAGAGGGUGAGCUGAUGCUUAAAGAGUAUGGAGAAAGCAUGAGCUUACCAUCUGGGAUGGUAAGUCAAGCUCUACGGUCAGAUAAACCUUCCAAUACUUUAGCAGAUCUUGUUGAUCCUCCCCCAGAUCUUUUACAACAAUUGCUUCAGCAAUCAUCAGAAAAAAUGAAGCGAGUUGGAGGCUCAGUAAAGAAUUUGGGUGAUACUGCACUUGAUGAAGUCAUAGAAUAUUUCUCUUGCCUUUCUAAACUAUUUGCUGAGAAGCUACAGACUAAGCAGGCUGCAGAGCUUAGGUUGUCUCAAGUACUCGCAAGAAUAGAAAUGUCAGCAAUUAAAACGUCUAACCCAAAAGAUUCAGCACUUCCCAGUGAAGACAGUGGAAUUGGGGGAGAGAGUGAGAGCUUGGCUGGCUCAGAAAGGCACCAAUGCCACCGUGGUAGUGCUGGAUCUGGGAGCUGCAAAUCUAUUGUCGAUGUUUGGGGUGUGUUUGGACAUUAUCACAAUGAUUUGGCUAAGUUUGUUACAUAUAAUAAAGAUGAUGAAGAAGAGGAGGAAGGGAAUGCUGACAAAUAUGGGGAUGAUGAUGAUGAUGAUGAUGAUGAUGAUGAUGAUGAUGAUCAUCAUGAUGAUGAUGAUGAUGAUGAUGAUGAUCGGUGUGAGAGGAGGAGAUCAAGGUCCUCUCCACCAGAUCCCUGCAAUGCGCUUUGCUACAUGUGUGCAAACGAUAUGAAAAAUCAGCAGCCUACCUUUAAGAAACGUUUUACUGAAAGCUGCAAUGUUCACUGCAAAGCUGAAAAUGACUCAUCCAGCAGCUGUGCGAACGUGUUAAUAGAGCUGCAAAGGAGUCAAAGAGAAUUAGAUAUAAAAAUGAAAAAGAUUUCUGAAAUGCAACAACCAAAAGACUCCACUUGGUCUCAACCUGGACUUAGAAGACAUUCUUUAAAUGCAUCAGUUGAUUUUCACAAAAGCCGAGGGAGAAGAAAGAAGCCACCAUGCUCAUUAACUCCUUCACAGUUACCACUUAUUCAACCAGUAAAGUGCCACUCAUAUAGCCAAGCAUUUAGCCAAGGUAUGGAUGGGCUCAAUAAAAAGGGUUCUGUGUAUAACAUAGGACAUAGUAAAGGAGAGGACACUGGCAACGCCAGCAGGAGCUGCACAGAUUGCAGGGAUGACCUGGAGAUUGAUAAUCUACCACCUCCACCCCCAGAAGUUCUAUUGGACAAUUCCUUUAAGUAUCAUGAAGGACAACUGCAAACUGAAAAGCUAUGUGGAGAUCCAGGUCUUAGUCUCCCACUGAUACACCCUCAAACCCAGCGAAGGAAGAAAGUUAUGCAAAAGAUGGAAGUUUUGCCAAACAAAGUGAAUGUAAAACUAAAGUCAAUAGCUGCAUCACCUGCUCCUCCUAUUAGAAAGAAUGGACCCACUGAGAUUCCACAGCUGCAAAAGGUGAACCUUGAAAAACCUGAGGAAACCAAAGUGCUUUACAAGCAAGCCAGAAAGAUUAUUCAUAUAUGCAAUACAGGAGAAUCAACUGACACUAAGAAUACGCCCACAGGAGAUUUAACAGCCCUUCAAGUUACAAAUGGCCAAAGUUGUGACAGAAAAACAAUGUUGGAAUCUGAGAUGGCCUCUGUUAAGCUGCCUGUCAUAGCACCGCCUGUUUCAAGAGUUCGUUUGACUCAAGCUUGUCAUUCUGUGUACCACGGCUUUGCAAGACCACCUAUGUUCAGACCAUAUUCCAACUCUCGGCCCUCUUCCCCUACAACAGCUACAUGUGUAAAUAAUAACAACACAGAGCAGAUCGUUCCAUCUCUGUCCUUCCAUGAGGCUCGCUCGGUCUUCUGUAAAAAUGAGUUGCAAAGUCCUCAAACCACCCAGCCCCCUGGAAGUGCAGUGCUUCCCAGAAAAUGUGGAGAGAUACAGCGGGGCAGGCUUUGGACAAGAGGAAGAGACAACCCAACUUCUCGCACUCAGUCAGAACAGAGGCCUGGGAUGACUUCUUAUUCAGAGUAUGAAAGAGCUGGCCAUUUGUUAUCCCAACAUACCCAGAAAGAUGAACCGUCUAUAGAAAAGUAAUGACUAGGCAGCCGCCUGAAGACAGUGGAGGCCCCGAUGGAUUCACCUACUGCUCCCUGCAAAGACAAACUUCUAAUUAUAAAACACUGACCUUAAAUGUCUGUGAACAUGCAACAAUUCAUCUCUUCGUGACCUCAAACUCUUACUUUGAAGGCCCUUUUUUUUCUGUAUAUUGUUUUACACUGAAUGUUACAUCUGUAAAAAACUUUGAAGUGUCUGAGACAUGAAAACAGUUAUAGUUAGCUCUAUUUUUUUGUACAUUUUCAAAGUGUUGUAAGCCAUGAGUUAAAACCUAAGACUUGGUGAAGAUUAAAAGCCUUAUGAGUGCAGAUACAGUCUGAGAAGAGAAGGGUUCUCCAUCAGGUGAUUCUUUCUAUAAAGUGGUCCAGACAGUCCCAGGUCAGCACCAGCUCUCCAUCAUCAGGUCCAGCUUUUCAGGUCCCUGUCUGGGAUAUGGUUAUCCUGACCCCUCUGACCCCUACUGAAAUCCACAGUCAUCUCCUUUGUCCAAGUUCAAACUCAAUAGAAUCACAUUUUAGAUAUAAUACCAAUGAUUAUGUGAUGAUGCAAAUAAACAUUUACAACGGAUCUUUCUUUUUUCAGUUCAUGCAUCCAUUAUCAUCCUGUUAUGUUUUCUAAUAUAAAAAAACAAAUUGCUCACUAAAUUCAACUCUUUAAACCUUGUCAUUGUUUCUGUUCAUCCCUAUUGCAGCAGAAAAGGUUAAAACUGUCAGAACUUUCACUUUUUGCCUCUUCCUCUUCUUUUCUUCUACAUUUAACUUUUUUGGAUUUCCCAAAGCCUCUCAGCUGCCAUAGGAUAAUAUCCUGUUCAUUCUUUGUGCCUCUUUAAUUUAAUAAUACUUAUCAUACAAUUGUAUCACUCUUGUAAAGAAAUAUGUGAAACUAGUUGUUUGUUGUUGUUCCCAAAACGUCACUAAAGGUUGCAUAAAGAAUAGAGUAGUUUUCUGUUCUAAUAUGUGAAUAAAGAAUCUCUUGUUGCCGAA